CACAGCUAUAGAAUUUGGAAUCCAUGCCACUGGUGAAUCAAUGAAGUUUUAGAGAUGUUCCGCAUAUAUAAUGGACACGGAGAAGAGGAGGCAAAGGUUUUAAGUGCAUUUGAAAGUUUCUGGACCUAGCUACUUCAGGCUUUUUGCUGAUAGCUGGGAGAGAACCUGAUGUACACUUAUGCCAACUUUUCAUAAAAUAGCAGGAAACAAGUUGGCAAACAAUUAGUCUCCUUUUGUGUAACUAUCUAUGAAACCAGCACAAAGAAGAGUUGAAAGUCUGUUUCAGGAUGCUUCUCAAAAGGAAAUGACAGAAUGACUAAGAGGAAUGCUUUUGGCAGGCUCGAUCCUUCUUAGCCAGUCAACCAGCUGUUUGUUUCGACUGGUGCUGCAAAUCAGUAUGACAACUUCCUCCGAACGGUUCUUGUAGUUCUAAACAAGGAGCAAAUGGCACUCCACCGAAGCUGAAGCUUGUUUGAGCCUGCCAGCUAAAUUGAGAUCCUCAAAAUGAAUGGAUUUGCAGAACUUUCUCAUGACCCUAGUAACCUGGCCAUUGAUGACCAAAUGCAACCCAGGCAAAAUCAGGAUGCUCUUCAAGAAGACAUUGAAAUGAGUAGUGGAUCGAGUGGCAAUGAUUUUAGUGGAAAUGAAGCAAAUGAAAACUAUUUCAGUGGGCAUGAUUCUCAUGGCAAUGAAUCUGAUGAAAACGGAAAAGAUUCAGCAAUGCUGGUUGAAACUUUGGACAGUCACAAAAGUUCAAAUGCUUUUACACUGAUGGUUGCCAACUCUGAUCAUAAUCUGUCUACAAGUGGAUGCAGCAGUGAGCAGUCAGCCAAGGCUAAAACUCAGAAGGAAUUGAUAAAAACAUUGAAGGAACUGAAAGUCCACCUCCCUCCUGACAAGAAGACUAAAGGCAAAUCCAGCACUUUAGCAACACUGAAAUACGCACUUAGAAGCAUUAAACAAGUAAAAGCAAAUGAAGACUAUUACCAGUUGUUAAUGACAAAUGAAAACCAUCCCUCCACCCUUGAAGUUUCUUCUUACACAGUGGAUGAAGUUGAAAAUAUUACUUCUGAAUACAUAAUGAAAAAUGUGGAUAUGUUUGCAGUGGCAGUGUCCUUGGUGACUGGAAAAAUUUUGUACAUCUCUGAUCAGGCUGCAACAGUCCUUCAGUGUAAAAGAGAUACCUUUCACGAUGCCAAAUUUGUGGAAUUCUUGGCACCUCAUGAUGUUAGUGUGUUCUAUAGCUCAACUACACCUUCUAGAUUGCCAUCGUUGAGUAUUUGCAAAGGAGUGGAAUCAUCUUCCCAAGAGUGCAUGGAGGAGAAAUCUUUCUUCUGUCGUGUCAGUGGUGGGAAAGAACAUGAAAAUGAGAUUUGCUACCAUCCAUUCCGCAUGACUCCGUAUCUUAUCAAAGCACAAGAUAAGCAGGCUGCAGAGGAACAGCUUUGUUGUGUUUUGCUUGCUGAAAAGGUGCACUCUGGUUAUGAAGCACCCAGAAUUCCUCCAGAUAAGAGAAUUUUUACAACUACACAUACACCAAGUUGUUUAUUCCAAGAUGUAGAUGAAAGAGCUGUACCUCUUUUGGGAUACCUUCCUCAGGAUUUGGUAGGAACACCUGUGCUGCUUCAUCUCCACCCAAGUGACAGACCUUUAAUGCUCGCUAUUCACAAAAAAAUACUACAGUAUGGCGGACAGCCUUUUGACUAUUCUCCAAUCCGAUUCUGCACUCGAAAUGGGGACUACAUAACAAUGGAUACCAGCUGGUCCAGCUUCAUCAAUCCUUGGAGCAGAAAAGUUUCCUUUAUAAUCGGAAGACAUAAAGUUAGGACGGGCCCUUUAAAUGAAGAUGUGUUUGCUGUUCAUAACUGCAUAGAAGAAAAAACGCUUCAUCCCAGCAUUCAAGAAAUCACAGAACAGAUAUACAGAUUGUUACUGCAGCCGGUGUACACCAGUGGAUCUAGUGGCUAUGGAAGCUUGGGCAGUAAUGGAUCACAUGAGCACUUGAUGAGUGUGACAUCCUCCAGCGACAGCAAUGGCAACCUCACUGAAGACCCGCAGAAAAAAAAACUUAGCACUUUUAAAGGGAGUUGUAAAGAUGUCCAGAUGACCGUGAACAAAGGCCACGUUUGUAUUGAAUCUGCAGCAAAACAAGAACAUAAGAAAAAAACACCUCUAGAAAAACAAAGUAAUGCUAUCACCUGGACAAAAGAUGGCCUAGUCAUUGGAAAGGACAGUUUAGGUAACAACUUGCAGAAGAAUCUAACCGCAGAGGAUCUGGCUUAUAAGAACCAGCCUGUGUGUUCCUAUCAACAGAUAAGCUGUUUAGAUAGUGUCAUUAGGUAUUUGGAGAGUUGUGAUGUAGCUGGAACCAUGAAGAAGAAGGGUGAAUCCUUCCCAAGUGCUGCUAUUUUAAAUUCUGGUGCUGAGAAGCAAAAAUCAGCAGUUAAAGCAGUGCGGCAAUCUGGAGAGGAAACGGUGCUGUUGAAAGCUCAAUUAAAUCCCACGCUGUUGAAGCCAUCCAAAGCUAAAGGACGUCCAGGAGUUGGGGCUCACUUAACCUCUCUGGCUUUACCUGGCAAAGCUGGAAGUGUUGCAUCCUUCACCAGUCAGUGCAGCUACAGUAGCACCAUAGUUCAUGUUGGGGACAAAAAGCCGCAGCCGGAAUUAGAAAUGAUAGAAGAUACCAGUGGGACAGAACCUUUAGAUGGUCUCGCUGCCCCUUCAUCUAACUGUAACGGUAACCAAGACAAGGAACCAUUUAAGAAAUUGGGGCUUACAAAGGAAAUUCUAGCAGUCCAUACGCAAAAAGAGGAGCAGAGUUUUUUGCACAAAUUUAAAGAAAUCAAGAGAUUCAACAUCUUUCAAUCACGCUGCAAUUAUUACCUGCAAGAAAGGUCCAGAGGUCGUGCAAGUGAACGUGUCACUCGUGUACUAAGAAACGGUGCUUCUGGAAUAGAUUCAUCAUGGAAGAAAAAUGGGAAGAACCGCAAACAGAAAUCAAAACGAAUGAAACCUCACGAAUCCUCAGACAGCAGUAUUUCAUGUGCAAAUCUCCCUCAUAGGUCUCCCCUAAUAGGCCUAAACACAACAGCUUGGUCGCCAUCAGAAAAUUCUCAAGCCAGCUAUCCCGCAAUUCCUUUUCCAUCAGUUAUGCCUGCAUAUUCUUUGCCAGUUUUUUCAGCAGCAGGAAAUGUACAAGGACCUGAAAUUAUGCCACCAGCCCCUUCAACUUCCCAGACUGGUUUUAAUGAACCCCUGGGUUCUCAAAAUAACUUUCCUAUGCAGCCACCACAGUUUGCUACUCCCGUUGCCCCCGUCCUGGCACUCGUCAUGCCCAAUUACUCAUAUCCUCAAAUGAACCCUAAUGUACCCGAGUCAUUUUACUCCAGCCAGCCUGAUUUUUCUGGGCAACUCGGGUUCUCUUCUCAGAUGAUGUUCUCAGCGCAGCCUCAGUUCCCUGUUCCGACUCCUUUCCCAUCUGAGGCCAUGUUCCCCACGCAGCCGCUUCAGUACAAUCCAGCAGAAAAUGAAAAGCCUCCUGGGGUAGAAUCACGAGAUGUCCUGUCCCGCUCCACCACUCCACAGUCUCCUGGUCAACAAGGCCACGUCUCACUUCCUUUGUUCCACUCAAGGUGCAGCUCCCCUUUACAGCUAAACCUUCUUCAGUUAGAAGAAACACCCCGGACUACUGAAAAAGGAGCUGCUGCUCUGUCGGGAACAUUAGCAGGACAUAGGGUUUUAAGUGAAGGUCCGAUGAACAAAAUUGUGAAGUUUGUGGACGGCAAAAGAAAAGAAACUCCGAGCGUGGACAUACCAAUGGAUGCACAUAACAGUGAUGCACUCUCCAUGCCAAGUGACUUUCUUGAUCUUUUACUGAAUGAAGAUGUUUGUUCAGGCAGUGGAUCUUCUUCAACUGGGAGUGGAGUGUCCGCCGCUUCUGAGUCUCUGGGAUCUGGAUCUAAUGGCUGUGACCUGUCUAGAAGUGGAGCUGGCAGUAGUGAGACAAGUCAUACCAGCAAAUACUUUGGAAGCAUUGACUCCUCAGAGAACAAUCAUAAAGGAAAAAUGAUUACGGACAAAGAGGAACGUGAACAUUUCAUUAAAUAUGUUCUUCAGGAUCCUAUCUGGUUAUUAAUGGCAAAUGCAGAUGAAACGGUUAUGAUGACUUACCAGAUUCCAUCCAGAAACUUGGAAACUGUUUUGAAAGAAGACAGAGAAAAAUUGAAGCGAAUGCAGAAAUUCCAGCCCAAGUUUACAGAAGAACAAAAGAGAGAGCUUAACGAAGUUCAUUCAUGGAUUCAGAAGGGUGGACUACCCAAAGCAGUUAAUGUAUCUGAGUGCAUUUACUGUGAAGAUACCACAAAAGAUAAGAUUUUUGCACCGUAUGAUGAAGGAAUCCAUUCUAUGGAGCCGAGUGAAGUGAUUGAAACUGAUGGAGAGAAAAAUGUCAACACCUUAAGCCGUGUAAAUGAAGAACAGACGUAACCCCUGCUACCGGGCAUAAAUAAGCAUUGAUCUACAUUAGACAGUGCAUGAAAGUUUAAGAAGAUUUUUAAACUUGUUUCUAAUGAAAUGAAUAUGCUCAUUUACAGAAUGGACUUUUUUUUUGUUUUAGAAAAAAGGUUAUUUAUCUGUAGGAAUCACUUUAAAGCUAAGGGGAAGAAUUUUCUUUGUCUAAUAUUUGAAUAUGGAGUUGAGGGAGGUUUUUUCAAGGCUUUUGGUUUUUUAACUAUGCCAGGUCCUUUAGAGUCAUUUUUCAAAAUGUUCCUUUUUAUUUGUCAUGUGAGCUUUCACAAGUCAUUUGCUUUCCAAUUUUGUAAUCCCAGUAUGUCCUAAGAUUUUUCUUGUAUUUCCUGUUAAUUAUUGAAUGACACUAGUUAGAACCUGACUAAAUGUCCAAAGCGACUCAUGUAACUAAAAGGCGGACAACUCGGCUAAGGUUUUCCACCGAAAGGAGAAAAAAGUAGGUGCUGUGGGAUUGUUCUGAUGAAAAAUCUACCACUUCAAUUAUUCCUUUUUAUUUCAUUAAAAUACAAUUUAGUCGUGGUGACUUUUUUA